AUGGCCCCUCCAGUACCUGUUAUAUCUAGAAGUGAAGCUGAUAAGAUUUUCAAUAAUUUGAAAACUAGGGAUUGUAAAUUAAAAGAAAUCGCUCAAUUUGAGUGUGCUUUUGCUAAGGAUGGUGGUGUUAUAUGUCAACCCUUCACUCGAUUGUUCAAUGAUUGUGAGGUUGAACACAGAGAUAGAAGAACUAAGGAGAAAUAUUACAGAAGACAAAUGUUUGAAAUAACGACUCCUGAGGACAAUAAUCCUUUUAGGAAAUUAGAGAAGCCCGAGAUUGUGGAAUUCAUGCAGAGCGUCCAAAUACUUCAAUCACUAAUGAGAGAAAUGCAGUAUCUAAAAGGCGAUCAUUAG